AUGGCAAAGUACACCACUCUCGACAAGCCUUGUAUGUUAAUUAUCUUGAUCUACAUUGAUCGCGUCUGUGAAAGGAUGAGUGGUUUCACGAUCUGCAGUUUGACUGUACAUCGCUUCCUAUGUGCUGCUGUCGUGUGCGCGAACAAGGCUUUGUGUGACUCUUUUAGUACGAACACCCAUUACGCUCGGGUCGGGGGCAUUUCUUUGGUCGAAAUGAACCUACUUGAGAAGGAAUUCCUCAACGUCAUCAAUUGGCGCUUAAUGGUCACUGCUCCUGUCAUGCAGCAUUACUAUGCAUCCUUGGUGCAAAUGCACCCAAACUACGUCCUGGGACCUACAACAGGCCCUCUCCCCAAUGCUUUUCCUGCGAUGCCUUCAAGUCAUAGCUAG